AUGGAAAAAGUAAAUGGCUCUGGAACUUUGUUACAAACAGGACCAAUUGUUUGGGGAGAACCUGGAACUAAUGGACAACACGCCUUUUAUCAAUUAAUCCAUCAAGGAAAACAUCUAAUUCCCUGCGAUUUUAUUGCACCAAUUCAAAGUUUGAAUCCUAUUAGUGGAGGUCUUCACCAUACGAUUUUACUUGCCAAUUUCUUGGCACAAACUGAAGCUUUAAUGAAAGGAAAGACUUCUGAUGAAGUAGAAAGUGAGCUUAAACAAUCUGGAAUGGACGAAACAAAAAUUAAAGAAAUUUUGCCGCACAAGGUUUUUGAAGGCAAUCGACCUACAAACACUUUACUUUUGCCUAAAAUUACUCCAAAUACAUUGGGAUCUUUAAUUGCAAUAUAUGAACAUAAAAUUUUUGUUCAAGGAAUUAUUUGGGGAAUUAAUUCUUUUGAUCAAUGGGGUGUUGAAUUAGGCAAACAAUUAGCUAAAGUAAUCCAGUCAGAAUUACAAAAAGAAGACAACGAACCAAUAACUACACAUGACUCUAGCACUAAUGCUUUAAUUAAUUUAAUUAAAAAUUACAAGGAUUGA